AUGUAUACAAAGGCUAAAAAUACAAUAACAAAAGAAAAUGUAGCGAUUAAAGUAAUAUCAUUUUAGUUUAUUCUCUUAGGUCAUCAACAGGCAGUUAUCCGAUUAAUUGCCACUUAUUUAAAAUGAAAUAUCUAUACUAUCCAAACUGUAGGGUCGCAAUAUUUUAAAGUUUUACGAGCAUUUCACAACUUAAAACAAUAUAUACAUUAUCACUGAAUACUGUAGACAAGGAGAUCUAGCCUAGAAAUUGAAACAAUUUGGAUAUUUGAGUUAAGAAGUAUCAAUAGCAAUCGUUAGAUAAAUCAUAGAUGGUAUGUAUGUGAUGGCUUAACAAAGUAUUCUAAAUUAUCAUUUGAGAUAUCAUACACAGAGACUUAAAACCAUAAAACAUAUUAAUCAAUGAUGAUUGUGUUAAGAUUGCUGAUUUUGGAUUUGCAAAACCCUUAAAUCAAUUAUAUAAUGAAAUGAAUGUUGGCACUCCUCUUUACAUGAGUCCAGAAACUAUAAUCAAAUCGUAAUAUAACGCCAAAAGUGAUAUUUGGAGUCUAGGUGUCCUCUUUUAUGAAAUUCUCUUUGGAUACCCACCCUGGUAAGCAUAGACUGAAUAAGAAUUGAUUUUUAAAGUUCUCAAUUAACGCAUCUCCUUUCCAGAUAUCCCUCCAGUAUCUGAAACUGUUAAGGAUUUUAUCAAAUAAUGCCUUAUUGUUGAUCCAUAUCUAAGAUUAGGAAUUGCAGAACUACUAAGACAUCCCCUGAUAAAGAAAAGAACAAAAAAAGCAGAAAGGACUGUAAGGCCUAUGGAUAUUCUAAGUACUGAAUAAACAAUAAAAUCUGAAAUUCCAAACUGUUCAGAACCAUGGACUACAAAUAAUUCCUAUAAAAAACUAAUUUAUGUGAAUUGCAAAAAUCCCCAAGUUAAUGCAAUACUUAACAAGUACUUGAAUUCAAAAAACAAUUAGAUAACUACUAUUUAUAAUAAGGGAAACAAUAAAAAUUAGGCUUUUUUUGAUGAAAUUUCCUUGAUACUCCAAAGCUAGUUUUCAUUGUGUAUGUUUCUCAAUAAUAUUAUAUCUAAAUUAAAGGAAAUCAGAUUGAUCAGUCCUUUGUUAAAUGAGAAAUGCAGGAUUAUUUGUUCAAGACAUCUUUAAAAUAUCAAGGACACAAUUUACAAGCAAUUGAUCGAAAGUGACAAUAAGUAUAAAUUUAAAGAUUGGUAAUUAUUUUGCAAAGAGAAUGCAUAUAGCAGAUUCAGUGCAAAAUUUUAUUAGAAAAUAAUUAAUUUACAAAGACUUGUUUAGAUUAUAAUCAAAUGAUUAAAACCAAUAAAUCAUUAAUAAUCGAAUAUUAAAAAUAUGACUAAGAGUUCUAUAAAAUUUUGUUUGGAUUGGAGUGGAAAGCUAUUAAAAAGAUAAUUAGAAAUUUAAUCAUUGAAUAUAAUCAUAUACUUGCUUAAAAUAUUGAUGCUACCAAUUUAUCUAAUAAGAUUAACAAAUCAUAAUAAAUUGAGAUAUCGCUUCUGUAGUAAUUACAUUAUUAUUUUGAUAUCAUUGAUCAUUAUUAUUUGAAAGAAUUUGACAUGAAGAUAUUUGCACAAGAAUCUAAAAUUUAAUAGUUUAUGAUAUUAAAGGAAAUUAAUAUCUCUGACUAUUUAGAAAUAAGAUAGUAAGUAAAGAGGCUCAUGCAAUCAUGA